GCACUUGAAUGUAUCACAAGGGAGGAGUUAGCAAAACAGUGAAGUUUAGCUUAGCAGGAAACACCGAGGCUACCGCAGCGGUGCGAAAAGAAAGAGCACCAAUCCCACUUUUACACUUUAACCGGGGUCAGUCGUGAUAUUUCCUUGACAAAUAAGCUGCCUUUGAAACCAAGAAUACAGGUUUACGUCCUGGUAACAUUUUCCACCACUUUAUAUGAGGAGGGAGCUCUUGGCGAACUAAAGCACCGGACACUGGCCGGGUGUGGACUCUUCUCCAGCGGCUGUGAACUGUGGACCUCUGCUGAGCGACGGCUCUUCUGAAUCAGCGAGCUUCAGUGGGCCCCCAGGCUCCAGGAUGAAGAGGUUCAGGAGACACGGCCAGGAGUCCCAGAGAGACCGGCUCAAACAGGAACUCUUCCAGUUUAACAAGACGGUGGAGCAUGGAUUCCCCCACCAGCCCAGCGCCCUGGGCUACAGUCCCUCCCUGCAGCUGCUGGCCAUCGGUACACGCUCCGGGGCCAUCAAACUGUAUGGAGCUCCAGGUGUAGAGUUCAUGGGUCUGCAUGAUGAGAACGCUGCUGUCACACAGGUGCACUUCCUGCCCCACCAGGUUGAACUGGUGACGCUGCUGGAUGACAACAGUCUGCACAUGUGGACGUUGAAAGCUCACACAGGACUCUCUGAACUCCUGGAGAUAGGACGCUUCACUCUCACUGGACCUCCUGGUGCCCCCCCCAGUGUGACCAGAGUGACGGCAGUGCUGGCUCACUCCUCUGGAGAGCUGCUGCUGCUGGGCACAGAGGGAGGACACGUGUUCAUAGUGGAGGUGCCUGGCUUCAGAGAGCUGGAGGAGAGGAACAUCAGUCUGGACCAGGUCGCCAGCAGUGUACCGGACGACUACAUCGGCCGCAGGAAUCUAGAACACGUAGAGGCCUUACAGGAGAACCCGGUCAACCCAAACCAGGUUGUUAUUGGCUACGGACGAGGUCUCAUGGUCAUCUGGGAUCUGGAGAAACAGAGUGCCGUCCAGCACAUCCCCGCAACACAGCAACUGGAGAGUGUGUGGUGGACAGAGGAUGGGGACUACCUUCUCAGUUCACACAGUGAUGGAAGUUACUGUCGGUGGAUGGUGAGUGGCGUGGACGUAAACGAGGAGGAGGAGAAGUCAGACAUUCCCUAUGGACACUUCCCAUGCAAGGCCAUUUCAAAAAUAAUUCAGUUACCUACAGAAGAAGGGCCUCCGUUCCUCCUCUUCAGCGGGGGUAUGCCCAGGGCCAGCUACGGGGACAGACACUGCAUCACAGUGAUCCACGGCAAAACACACGUGGCUCUGGACUUCACCUCCAGGAUCAUCGACUUCUUCGCCAUCAGAGACCGACCGCAGCACACAGGAGACCCCAGUGCGCUGGUGGUGCUGGUGGAGGAGGAGCUGGUAGUGAUCGACCUACUGACAGAGGGCUGGCCGGUCAUCCAGACCCCGUACCUGGUGCCCCUCCACAGCUCAGCCAUCACCUGCUCCCACCACGUCUCCGCCAUCCCCCUCAAACUGUGGGAGAGGGUCCUCGCUGCGGGAGACCUGCAGAGCACACACUACUCUAAAAAGCCGUGGCCAAUCACAGGAGGCCAGAAUCUGGCCCCCGACCCCCCACAGAGAGACCUGCUGCUCACAGGGCACGAGGAUGGGACGGUGCGUUUCUGGGAUGCAUCAGGUGUCUGUCUGUACCCCAUGUAUAAGUUAAGCACCGCCGGAGUGUUCCACACAGACGCUGACCCCAAUGACAACAUGAACCAGGGCAGUGAGGGAGAGUGGCCGCCCUUCAGAAAGGUUGGCUGUUUUGACCCGUACAGCGAUGACCCGAGGCUCGGCGUGCAGAAGAUCCAUCUUUGUAAAUACAGUGGUUACCUGACUGUGGCUGGCACUGCGGGACAGAUCCUGAUGCUGGAGCUGAAUGACGAGGCAGCGGAGCAGACGGUGGAGGCUAAAGUUGUGGACCUGCUGCAGGGCCAGGAGGGCUUCCGCUGGAAGGGCCACACUCAGCUGGAUGUGCGGGAGGAGCCUGUUCUGUUUCCUCCAGGCUUCCAGCCCUUUGCUCUGGUGCAGUGUCAGCCCCCUGCUGUGGUCACCGCCCUCACCCUGCACUCGGAGUGGAAGCUGGUAGCUUUUGGAACCAGCCACGGCUUUGGUCUAUACGAUUACCAACAGAAGAACAACGUCCUCAUUAAGUGCACCCUGAAUCCCAGUGACCAGCUGGCCAUGGAGGGUCCUCUGUCCCGGGUGAAGAGCAUAAAGAAAUCCCUCCGACAGUCCUUCAGGAGAAUCAGACGCAGCAGAGUGUCGCUAAGGAAACAUCACGUCACCAACAACAACAAGCUCCAGGAGGCUAACGCCCGUCUGGAGGCUGAGCUGGCAGAGAUGGAGCUGGCUCCUGUCCAGAGGAAGAUCGAGGCCCGCUCCUCAGACGACUCGUUCACCGGCCUCGUACGGACCAUCUACUUCGCAGACACCUUCCUCUCAGACAGUUCACAUAACACUCCCUCCCUAUGGGCAGGGACCAAUGGUGGCUGCGUGUUUGCGUACAUGCUCCGCCUCCCUACUGUAGAGCACAGAGCAGAGGAGCCGGUCACUGCACAGCCGGCUAAGGAGAUCCAGCUGAUGCACCGGGCUCCUGUGGUUGGCAUCGUGGUGCUGGACGGUCACGGGGCCCCUCUCCCCGAGCCCCUCGAGGUGGCUCACGACCUCGCCCGCUCACCUGACAUGCAGGGCUCACACCACCUGAUGGUCAUCUCUGAGGAGCAGUUCAAGAUGUUCACGCUGCCAAAGGUGAGUGCUAAGAUGAAGCUGAAGCUGACGGCUGUGGACGGCUCCAGAGUGCGGCGGGUGGGCGUAUCCUGGUUCGGCAGCAGCCGCUCAGAGGACUACGGUGAGAGCGGCCUGGUGGUUCUGACCAAUCAGGGCGACGUCCACGUGGUGUCCCUGCCCAACGUGAAGAUGCAGGUCCAUUACCCCUGUGUCCGGAGGGAGGACGUCAGCGGCAUCGCUUCCUGUGUGUUCACCAAGCAUGGCCAGGGCUUCUACCUGAUCUCUCCAUCUGAGUUUGAGCGCUUCUCUGUGUCCACCCGCUGCGUGGUGGAACCCCGCUGCCUGGUGGAGGUUCCUCUUCAUUCCUCCACCCAACGCAGGCCUCAACCUGACGGAGCUUCAUCUGCUCAUAGAAACGCCAGACAGGACAGUGAGGAUGCAGAGAGUGCAGCUAAACGUGUAAUGGAGCAUGCUUUGCUGAAUGACGAGAAAGUACUUGAGGAGAUCCAGAAGUCACUAGAAGGAGACCAAACGUCGAUCCUGGAGAAUAAUGUGAAGAGUGCUGUAGCUUAAAGACGUCUCCAACAGCUGAGUGAACUGACUUGAUGUGUAUGAAGCAGACUGCAGUCCUCCUCGGCUGACACAACCACUACUGACCCCUGACCCCUGGCCCAGUGACUGACCGCCCCCCCAGCAGCUCCUCCACGGCCCCUGGUGGAGAGCUUUGGCAGUGGAGCUGACUCACGGUGCAGACAGGGUGGAGGAGGGGACACCGCCUGUGCCUAAAGACCCCGCUGUAACCCCGGUUCACAGCACGGUCACAACCCAAAGCCACAUGGAGCACAUUCCUGACAUGUGACCAACGCCACCAUCACAUCAAGAUCAACGCCACCACCUCCAGCCUGCCAUAGAUGUUGAAGCUUUGUGACUUUUUGACUUUGACCACAGCCACUUCCUCUAAAGCCUGUCACCAGCAGCCUUCUCUUCAGCCAAUCAGCUGCAGUCUCACCUGCCUUCAUCCACCCUCAGCACACACAGCUGGAAGGAGUGUGGGGGAGGAUCUGAAUAAUGCUGAUUCAUUUUACAGCUCAAGUUUUAUGUGAUUUGUGCCUGAUUUUAUACUGUGGAAGCCCAUUUAUCUGAGAAUACAGAUAAAGAUGAUACGUUAGGCAUGACAAUUAAUUAAAAAAACACUUUACAAGUCAAUAUUACGAGAUACUAUGAUAAAUUAUGACUUUGAGGAAUUGUUUUUGUCAAAAUAUUUUUAUAUGAAGUCAAAUCUGGAUGCUGUCAUAUUUUAGACUCAGUUCAACAAUGAGUUCAUUUUAAAAGUAAUAUCUUCAUGUUGAAGUAUUUGAUACAUUUUAAAUACUUAUUUUAGUAAAUCUCAUUCUUAUUUGUUGACUAAAUUUGACCUAAUAUCCUUUCAUUCUGAAUCAACUGUUGUUUUUGUAUGAAUCCAUACAUGUUAAACUCCCCCUUACACCCUCUUUUUGUUGUGGUAAAAAUGGGCUUCAAUGCUAAUCGGAGGGAAAUGUUUUGUCCCUGGAAAAAAGAAAAGUUUUUUGUACAUUGAGCCGCACUGCUGUUUUAUUUCAGUUUCUCAGUCAUGAAUGAGUCACAUCCUUACAGACUAAUGUCCCCUAAAUACUGCUGACAUAGCCCCCCCCGUCCACUCUGUCCUUUCUAACCGGCCGUAGGUACUUGUCCACAGUGCGGAGCCCACAGUGCUGUAGCUUUUUUGGGGGAACAGCUUUCUAUGGGGUUUGGUUUUUAAUUAUUUUUAUGUAAACAAUUUUUUAUGCCAGAAAUGAAUAAUGUAAUUUAGGAAUGUAAUUGUAAGCUAUGUUAGUGAAAUGUUUUAAUAUAUACAGUUUGUAUGUGACUCAGUCUGUACCUGUGGGCCUGUUGUAACUGGGGUUGGCUGCUAUUUAGAUCACAAGGAAAUAUUUUGGUACUGUGUCUCAGAAUGCUGGGUAUUUAGCAUCAGCCUAGAAUAUAUUUUUGUAGUGAACUGAUUAAGAACCCUAAUUUUUUUUUAUUUGUAACUUCACACUACAGGUUUCUUGUGGAUUAUUAUCAUUACAUGUUUUUCCCAAGAA